CCAGUGCGGGUGGGAAGGUGACAGUUCAUUAGAGAUACAGAGAAGAGACCAAGGAUGAAGCCAUUGACUGCGCUCGUGUUCCUGGGGCUCCUGGGUGCCUGUGACGUGGCAUCAGUAUCCGAAACAACGCCGGGGUCUAUAAACAGCCUCCUGCAAUGCCCUGACCAAGAUAUCUGCAGUGUGGCCAGUGUGUGCUGCGUCCCUGGAGUCGACAGUUACGGUUGGAUUGCUGCCGCCGUGGGGUGGAGUUUGUGGUUUCUCACGGUCAUUUUGUACUGCGUCGGAAAAGUUAUGAAUCUUCACCCAAAUGAGCCAAAGUACCAACUGGCGUAAAGCAGAAGCGACCCGAUCCUUCAACACAAGGACUUUCCUCCAACUGAUGAUGUUCUCCAACUUCCACCAGCCAGAAGCUUUUAUAUUGUAGGAACAUUGAAUGACCAAUGAAAAAUCCAAAUUUCACAGGAACUUUCAGGGAUGAGAAAUGUUUGGGGCAGGUGGUCUUUGCAGUUAUAGAAACAUUGGGGUAACAGUCACCCUGCUAUAGUUCCAGGGGUACCCAGGGUACAAAUAAACACUCACCCCAAAUCUUACCCUAACUGACCUUCAGACUGGGCCCCCUUAGCUCAUAACAAGUUACAGAUAUAUAGAAACAUUGGGGUAACAGUCACCCUGCUAUAGUUCCAGGGGUACCCAGGGUACAAAUAAGCACUCACCCCAAAUCUCCCCCUAACUGGCCUUCAGACUGGGCCCCCUUAGCUCAU